CGCACACGAAGGGAACGAAAGGAAGUAGGAGUGGUUGUGUUUGUUAUGUGGUGUGAAUCACCAAGAAUAUCAGAUUGUGAAGAUUCCCUAAAUGUUGAUUCUAAAGGGGAACUAUGGCUGAAAGUUUGGCUGAUGGUUUCUACGCCGCUCUUGCAAAUGUGAAGGCACAGCAGGAUUCUAGGUCUGGCGAAGAAAAUGUGCAGAUAAAACGCUUGUCAGCCCAGUCUGUAAGCACAGAGAACCUUGUUGGUAAUGAAUUACAAUCCAGGAAGAAAUCGAGACCGCUGAAAAGAGAUACUUCUUUGGACCAUUUCGGGAACACUUCAGUAAUAAAGGAUAAUGGAAAGUAUGAAGCAUUAUCUAAGAAGAAAAAGAAUAUUUCCAAACCUAGAGAAUGUAUUCUACCUCCUACAGAAGACCAGACAUUGGGUGGCAUAUUAAAAUAUGAACUGUUUCCUGGAAAGGGAGGAAAUAGAAAACAUGAUGGAGAAAGAAGUCAGUCUUAUUGUUCUGCUGAUGAUGUUGGAUGGAAGAGAGUGCCUGAACAUAAGAAUAGUAAAAGUAGAAACCAGAAGCCUAAUUCUGGAUGCCUGAAGGGUGAAAUUAUUUCAGAUACCUUUCACAAGGCAGGAAAGUCUUUUGAGACACAGGCAGGUCAUGAUAGACUUAAUACAGAAGGAGGGCAUCAAAGUGGAGGUCAUGCUGCUCCUACACAGGAACAAUAUCAAAGACUGUCACAACAAGGAGUGGAGCGAGAGUGUGUUCUGGGGUGCAGACAGCUUGAAAAACUAGCUGAUGAAGAGCCAUAUGAUAUUAUUAUGGUGUUAGCCAAACAAAGGCGUGAGUUUGAAACACUCUUAAAACAGCCACUGAAGCCAGAUAUGUUAAUUCUAAUUGUAAGAGUUUUAUCAAAACUCAGUAAAGCGGACUUGGAAGAAAACAAAGUUGCUGUUCUGUCUCUGGCUUGUAUUCAUGAAUUUCUUGAGCAGUUGUCACAACAUAUAGCUCUUAUUCCUCUUGAAGUGAACAAAAAGAGGAAAGAGAAUGUUGGAAACUUCUUUGAAGAUCUUAUGACUUUUCUGGAAACUGUUGUUAGUCUCCUGCCAAGUAAAGCAGUUCAAGGGUGUGGAAAAAUUUUCAUGAUUACUGAUAUGUUGAUAAAAAAUUUUGAAGGACAACAGCUUUCAUGGUCUAAUUUUGAUGAAGUGAAGGCAAAAUUUGUGCAUAUCAAGGCUCAAUAUGAAGUCUGUAUUGAAGAUGAAAAAAGGAAGAAAAAGGAGGAUGUGAAUAUAUGUGCACUAGAAAUUCAACAGGAUGACUUCAGGAAAAUAAGCAUAUACCCAAAUGCAGAAGAGAUCCUCGCUGAAGAGCCAGGAUUUGUUAGACCAAACAUCAUUGAUGGGGCAUAUGAGAGUGUGAAUCAUUAUCUUGAUACUCAGUUUCGUUUGUUGCGUGAAGAUUUUGUUUCACCUCUGAGGGAAGGGAUUUCAGGCUAUAUAAACAUGACCAACAAGAAGAUGACUAAAAAACUUACAAGUGUAACAAUCUAUCAUAAGGUGGUAUUUCUCACUCGUAAGGUUAUAAAGGACCAAUUUGGACUGGUUGUUUGUUUUGACCCAAACAAGCGUCUCAAGAAAGUAAACUGGGAGCAUUCAAAACGACUUUUGUUUGGUUCAUUAGUUCUGUUUUCAAGAAAUGACUUUGCGAAUGUAAUUUUUGGAACUGUGAUGUACAGAGAUCUGGAGGAUCUAAAGGAAGGAAAGAUUGUCGUCAAGCUGUGUGAAGGCUCAGAUGUUUGUGACUAUAUUGAUUUAUUUUCAAAUGAAUUUGUGAUGGCCGAAUCACAGGUGUAUUUUGAACCAUAUUACCAUGUUUUGAAGGCAUUACAGACCAUGAAACAGGAAUCCUUCCCAAUGGAGAAGUAUAUCAUUCAUGCAGAAAUGUCAGCCGAUCUGCCGAAGUACAUGUGUUCAGAGGGAGGCGUCCUGUUGGAUAUAGAUGGUAGGACAGUUUGUGUUUUGCAAGAUGAUUCUUGGCCAGGACCAUUGGAAUUGGAACUUGAUGUUUCUCAGUACAGGGCUUUCAAAUCAGCCCUUACAAAAGAAUUUGUCAUUAUACAGGGACCACCAGGAACAGGGAAGACUUUUCUAGGACUCAAAGUAGCCUCUGUACUCCUAAAAAAUUCCCCUAUAUGGAAUGCUUCUCGCAAUCCAAUCCUUCUAGUGUGCUACACAAAUCAUGCCUUGGAUCAGUUCCUAGAAGGACUUAUUGCAGUCACCAACAAAAUUGUGCGAGUUGGUGGGCAAUCAAAGAGCAAAAUUCUAGAGGGCUUCAACUUGAGAGAGAAGCGUCACAAGCAAGAAGGAGAUUUGUGUGAUGAAAUAAGAGAAAUCUAUUACAACAUAUCUGGUAUAAGGAAAGUCAUGCAGAGGAUUCUGUAUUAUCUGGAAAUGAUUGCCAGCCACCAAGGAAUUAUUUCUUUGUCUUUUCUAAAUAAAGUGGACAUAGUUCGCGAUCAACAUUUAGAUUGUUUUGCAUCUCAUGAUAAGAUGCUUACUGAAGAGCGGUUUACUGAAUGGCUUGAAUAUGGAAUGUAUGAUGAUGUGCCUCCAUAUGAGGCAGAAGGAUAUCAUAAUGAGAACCGGAGUCAGAAUGUUGUAGAUGAUUUGGAAUCACAGCCUGACGUUCAUCGUUCUUUUCUGACUUUCACAUUAGAUUUAGAGAUGCUUGAAGGAGACAUAGAAUGGUAUGAGUUACAAAAACAGUACCUGCAGACACAAAUUAGAGAAGAUGCAAACCUUGUUUACAGGAUGCACAUGGUGGAGGAUAUGUGUGAGGACUUGAAACUGAGGUUGAACUAUAUCAAGAGACAGCUUUGCCAUAAGGGGAAUGAAAACAGGAGUACAGUGGAACGUCUUUUGCAAGUAAGGAACUUAUGGCAAUUGCAGGCAGAAGAAAGGUGGAUUCUCUACAGAUAUUGGGUGGACAGAUUCAGAAAUGCUUUGCUUGAGGAGUUGUGUAAACAAGAAGAAGAGUUACGUCGUGAAACCAGGAUGUAUGAAGAAGCGCAGCAGAUGAAUGAUCUUGACAUACUUAAAGAUUCACUGAUUGUUGCUAUGACGACUAGUGGAGCUGCCAAGCUGCAUUCCUUGCUGCAGGCUCUUAAAGCCAAAAUAGUGAUUGUUGAAGAAGCAGCUGAAGUCAACGAAAGUCACCUUGUUGCAUCUCUGACACAUCACUGUGAACAUCUCAUCCUUAUUGGAGACCAUAAGCAGUUGCGACCUUCUCCUGCUGUGUACAGACUUGCACGUGACUUCAACUUUGAUAUCUCCCUUUUUGAGCGGAUGUUGAAGAAUAAAAUGCACUGUGAAGUGUUGAAAGUCCAGCAUCGUAUGAGACCGGAAAUAGCAGAACUAAUUGUUCCGGCCAUCUAUCCAGGGUUGCUGAAUCAUAACUCUGUAUUGCAGUAUGAGAGUGUCCGUGGUAUGCUGAAGAGUGUGUUUUUUAUCACACACAAUCAUGCAGAAGAAGAGGUGGAAGACAUUUCUAGCCACAGGAACACUCAUGAGGGUGAUUUUCUCAUUGCUCUGUGCCGCUAUCUUGUCAUGCAAGGAUACUCACCGAGUCGCAUUACGAUUUUGGCAACAUAUUCUGGGCAAAUGUUUUACUUACGUAGUGUACAGAAGAAAUACAGUAUGCUGGAAAAGGUAAAAAUAAUGGUGGUAGAUAAUUUCCAAGGAGAGGAGAAUGACAUAAUCUUGCUCUCUUUGGUGCGGAGCAACAGAGAAGCAAAAAUUGGCUUUCUCAGCGUUGAGAACAGAGUGUGUGUUGCAUUGUCAAGAGCAAAGAUGGGCUUCUACAUUAUUGGUAACAUGGACAAUUUAACAAGGAGCAGCAAAAUCUGGCCAAAGAUCAAGGAAACAUUGAAGAAACAACAGGCCUUGGGUACAGAUUUGACAUUGAGAUGUCAGGUACAUCCAUCAGUGUUCACUAGAGUUUGCACUGCAGCAGAUUUCCACAAAGUUCCAGAAGGUGGAUGUUCACAAGUUUGUGGAGCUGAACUUCCAUGUGGACACAAAUGUAAACGUGUUUGUCAUGUCCAAGACCGGGACCAUGGGGACAUUUUGUGUUUUGAUCUAUGUGAGAGGAUACCAGAGAAUUGUAAACUACAGCAUAAGUGCAGAAAAUUAUGUUCUGAAAAAUGUGGGAACUGCAAAACUCCUGUACCAAGAACAUUACGCUGUGGACACACAAUGGAUCUGCACUGUUAUAUUGAUGCUGAGGAAUACAAGUGUCCAGUGAAAGUGGAGUGUGAAUUGAUUGAUUGUGGGCACAAAGUGAGGAAGCCAUGUCACAUGGACACAGACCUCAUUCGCUGUUCAUAUCCUUGUGAAGACCGUCUACCAUGUGGUCACAGUUGUACAUUAAGAUGCCACAAAAAGGAUGACCCUGAUCAUCUCCAAUACCAGUGUCACAAGCCAUGCACCAGAAAGAAUGCCAACUGCAGGGAGGACCACACAUGUCCGAAGCUGUGUUAUGAGGAAUGUGGUGAUUGCAGCGUUCUAGUUGAAAAGAUACUGCCUGACUGUGGGCACACUGAACGUAUGUUAUGCUAUAUGGAUCCUGAAACAUAUUGUUGCAUGAGAAAGUGCAGUAAGAUGCUGCCGUGUGAACAUCCAUGUCGCAAUGUUUGUUCUGCCCGUUGUGGAAAUUGCCAAGUACAGGUUAUAAAGCAGCUAGUGAGUUGUGGACAUCCUCUUCAAGUGAAGUGCUGUGAACAGCCAGAUCCAGAUCAGUGCAAGAGUCCUUGCAAGAGGACCUUGCCUUGUGGCCACAAGUGCACUGCUGUUUGUUCUGAUGCAUGCACCAAGAAAUGUCUGGAGUUGAUUCCCAGUGCAGUGCGACCUUUGUGUGGACAUCUGGUGUAUAUUCCCUGCCACAUGCAAAAGGAAUUGUUGACUCCAGAUUCUCAAGAACUGCUCUCCCGAUGCCAGAUGCCAUGUGGUGUCUUACUCAAUUGUAAUCAUCGAUGCGUAGGGACGUGCAGAGGAUGUAUGCAAGGGCGUAUACACGAGGCCUGCAAGGAGAAGUGUGGAAGAAUACUGGUCUGUGGACACAGUUGCAACAUACCAUGUGCAGAGAGCUGUCCACCUUGCAACAGGAAAUGCACCUAUAGCUGCAGGCAUUCAAAAUGCUCCAGAACAUGUGGACAGCCAUGUAUUCAGUGCAAGGUGAGAACCAUUCUUUUGUUGAGUUCUAUUUCUCCAAAUGUCCUUGAUUUCAGAUUUAUAUACUUGGAAGAUUGCAAACAUGUACUGGAGGCAUCUGGACUUGAGCAGUGGAUGGCUCAAACACAUGAAGAAAUAAAACUGAAGGAUUGUCCCCUGUGUAAAACACCCAUUACCAAAACUCAGCGCUUCAUGAACAUAGUAAAAAAGGUGUACCAUGAUGUGCAGAAUGUGAAGAAACGUGUUUAUGGUAACACACGAAAAAUUGAAGCCAGCCGAAAUUAUCUCGGGGUGCGACUGAUGGCACACAAUUCUAUAUAUAUGACAGGUAAUUUUUAUCAUCUCCUCCAGGGUUAGGCUUUUUGAGACCUGUUACAGACAUUAGA